AUGUACUCACGAUACCAUUUCGGAUACCUCCUAGAUUACAAUACCCCCACCAAGAUACCCGCGACAGUGGCACCGGCCGAGACCGAAAUGCCCUCCAAGUUUCUGCCUAUGGACGGAAAGGGAGAAGAGUACUUUGAGACGUCGACUUCACCUGUGGUUCUUCAGCUUGAAAAGUCGCGACGAAACCUCGACAAGGGCGCAAUUAGCCCCAAAGUCCACCUCAACACGGCGCUGACUCUGUUUUCCGAGCUGGAUCUGCCGCUCCACAGAAAGGCCAGUGCUCUGCUCCGAUACCUGUCUGCCGACGUGCUCGAAAAUCUGGCGAAAAGCAGCGAUGCCUCCAACGUUUUCAGCAAGUUUGGUUGCUACUACCAGGCCCACGAUUGGGUGGCUUUGAUGAAAGUGCUCCAAAAUGAAAAGGACUUUUUGCUGACGUCGUCUUCCGUGUCCGGCUAUACCAACAACGAGAACCAGUACUACACCGACCCUCAGUUGGUUCUGACUCCCGAUUCCGAUCGAAAGCCUCCAGUGGGAUCUCCAUCCACCUCCCAGUCCCAGACCCCGGUACACAAACGCAAACGCACGCGCAAGCCCGCCUCGGAGAUCCCCGUGUGUCCUUCUCUGACCAAUUUGUGA